CACAGGACAGGCGGGAGUGCGCAGUGUCGCGAACGCGCACUCACUCACCCACAGAGACAGACUGCGAUUGGAAGUGCGAGGCGGUCAGAUCGUGUGUUGUGUGUUGCUGCCGCGCAGUAUCUUUUCAGGCAAGUACCGAGGACUGCAAGGGAAAAGUUUAUUUCAAAGAGUCUCCAACUAAGGGGCAUGGCCGCUCCCAGAUCCCCCUGAACGCCAGUUGUGCAGACACAGCAAGAGAUGUAGAUCCACUUACAGUCUGUCUUCUGACUAACGCACGGAUAGAUUGCGCCAUGACGGAACGGGAUGGCCGCUGUGAUUUUUCCAUCGCCCCGGGGCAGGUAUAUAUUGAGGUGGAGUACGAUUAUGAGUACAAGGCGAAAGAUAGACUCAUCUCCAUACGGCAGGGCGAAUGCUACAUGUUGGUUCGCAAAACCAAUGAGGACUGGUGGCAAGUUCGUCGGGAGGAGGGCACCAAGGCGUUUUACGUCCCCGCUCAGUACGUCCGAGAGGUGCGGCGCGCCCUUAUGCCACCACCCAAACCUCGCGCAAAGCCCCCCAACGUUCUUGAAAUCGGCCAGUGCCGAUCGUCGAACGAAAAUCUCAACCAACGCGCUCCUACGGAAAGGUCCAGCUUCGGCAGGCCAUCUCCCUCGACGACGCCUUCCCCGUUACCAGGUCAACAGACCUCGCCUUUGUUGUUGCGGGACACCAAUCAGAACUCGGGGAUGAAGAGCGUUGUUGCCGAGCUCACUCUGCUUAACAACAACAACCAUCAUAACUAUCACCAUGGCAACCCCACACUUCCAGAAGGACGAGCGGAAUCCCCUCCACGAGAGCAUGGUUGCCAGGGGAAACUCCCAGGCGGGUUGUCGGUGGACACGGACGGAAGCGUGUCACCAGCAGAUGGGUUGGAGAAAAUGAGAAAUGACUCUGAAUCUGGAGAUGAGCUCAGCAGCAGCUCUACCGAACACAUACAGGGCAUAUCACCCACCGGACAGUGUCGACCCGAGUCCCCCGUUUAUACCAACCUCCAGGAGUUAAAGAUCUCUCAGUCGUCUCUCCCACCUGUUCCCUCUUCCUCCCCUCUUCAUAUCCUGGGCGACUGGGAAACGCACAAAGAUACGAGUGGAAGAAACUUCUACUACAACCGCAUGACUCAGGAAAGGACCUGGAAACCACCACGCUCACGAGACAACGGGGGCAGUCGUGGGGACACUGGAGGGAACACUGGAGACAUGGAGCAUUUGUCUUCUGAGGAGAUUUGUCCCAGCACACACUCCAGUCAGUCAGACAGUCAGUACGGAUCGCCCCCUAGAGGCUGGUCUGAGGAACUGGAUGAACAUGGCCACACACUCUAUGUGUCUGAAUACACCAAUGAGAAGUGGAUCAAGCAUGUGGACGAACAAGGCCGGCCAUAUUACUACAGUGCUGAUGGAUCCCGCUCAGAAUGGGAGUUACCAAAAUAUAAUCUCUCUCCUCCAAUCUCUGGAGAAGCUCCUAAGAGUCACAGUUUGGAAAGGAAGCAGCAGGAGCCCAUUGUGCUGACCAAGUGGAGACACAGCACCUAUGUGCUGGACAUCAGUGAGAAGCUGCCAUUCAAAAACAGAUGGUUCAGUGUGAGCCGCCUCCCCAGGGGCUUCGGCCUAUCACUGUACAGAGAACCCUCGGAAAAGUGUGGUGUUCUCAAUGUCACCAAGAUUACUGAACAUGGCAAGAAAGUCAGGAAGAAUUGGGCCUCCACCUGGACUGUCCUGCAGGGAUCCUCUUUACUUUUUGCAAAGGGUCAGGGCAGUGGCACCAGCUGGUUUGGAGGCAACCAGUCCAAACCAGAAUUCAUGGUGGACCUGCGAGGAGGUUCGGUCGAGUGGGCAUCCAAAGAAAAGUCCAGCAAGAAACAUGUCAUUGAGCUGAAGACACGAGUGGGCACAGAGCUGCUGAUCCAGUCUGAGAUUGACACUGUUAUUAAUGACUGGUUCAGAGCGCUUUCUGAGACCAUCAACACACAUGCUUGGGAGUCUGAUGAGGCCAUUGAGGAGGACAUGCCUGAGUCUCCUGGAACUGAGAAACACGACAGAGAGAAAGACCCCCGAGACUCAAAGAAAAACAGAGUAAAGAACUCCAGUUUGGAUUCGUCUGAGCAGAAGAAGACCAGAGUCAAACUGAAGAAGUUCCUCACACGGAGACCCACCUUACAGGCUGUCAGGGAUAAGGGCUACAUAAAAGAUCAGGUGUUUGGCUGCAGUUUGACUGCCCUGUGUCAGAGAGAAGGCACUUCCGUACCUAAUUUUGUCAAGAUGUGCAUUGAGCAUGUGGAGAAUACAGGCUUGAAUAUCGAUGGCUUGUACAGAGUCAGUGGAAACCUGGCUGUCAUACAGAAACUGCGCUUUGCGGUCAAUCACGAUGAAAAGGUGAAUCUGGAAGACAAUAAAUGGGAGGAUAUCCACGUGACUACAGGUGCUCUGAAGAUGUUUUUCCGGGAGCUUCCAGAGCCUCUGUUCACUUACGCAUCCUUUAAUGACUUUGUCGAAGCCAUCAAACACUCCGAUUACAAGCAGCGAGUCCAAUCCAUAAAAGACUUGAUCAAACAGUUGCCAAAACCCAGUCAGGAAACAAUGAAAGUGUUAUUCAAACACCUGAAAAGAGUGAUAGAUCAUGGCGAGGUGAACAGGAUGACUACCCAGAGCGUGGCUAUCGUGUUCGGCCCAACCCUGCUGCGGCCGGAGAUCGAGACGGGCAAUAUGGCGGUUCAUAUGGUCUAUCAGAACCAGAUUGUAGAACUCAUCCUUCUAGAGUAUGAGAACAUUUUUGGCAGGUAGAACAUCUCUAAGUGAGAAUCGAUACAGAGAACACAAUGCCAGAAGUUUAAUAUCUCAUAUCCAUCACACAAAAACACACCACCACUGUGGGCCAAGCUUAAUAGAGUAUAUAAACAAAGUGAGUGGACUUACUGUGACAUAUGACUGGAUACACGCGAAGAAAAUUAAUACAGAAAGGUUCUUUAUGCACUUAAUAUUUUUUGAACUUUUGAGGAUUUUUCCAUUUGGAUCGUCAUUCCGUGGCUUAGAAUAAUCUUGAUGGAUUUUUGGACAAUUAUGGAUGGUCAUUAGUCUCCAUUAUGCACUUUUUUUUUUUUUUUUUGAGGAAUGGGAAUAUUUUCCUAAGUUGAACACUGGAAUGGACUUUAUCUUGGCCAGUAUUGACGACUAGAAUGAAAACUGACUGAGCGGACACUUUCAAGUCUCACCAGAUUGAGUUCUUUGCAGUGAAAUGUUUAAAAGUAAAACUGAUUUUGGGGUUUGAUUUAUUCAGACACGUAACUGACUUGUAUCUGGGCUCUCGAGGGCUCAGAGUUUUUGUUUUCUUCAUUUUUUCCUGUGGAAUAAGCUGAAAGUGCACUGUAUUAGGAGACAGUAUUAUUUGAGAAUGACUACUGACCUGCGGAUAAUGGGGUCGAUUGAAUUGGACAAUGAUUAAUAGUCAGUAUUAGGACAGGAACCCUGUUUCAAAUUGGAUAGACUCUGAAAAAUAUUUUUUUUGUUUUCUCCAUAUCCACCCAUGUUUGCCCUCCAUCCACACCUCACAAAAAGUUUACUGGAAAGGCUGUGCGCCUUUUCCUUUAGGACUUCAUGCUACUGGAUAACAGACAUGUUCAUCAAUGGAGAAACUUCCUUUUAAUGAGAUAUGACCCUCCCUUUAAUGAAAUAUCAGGACUUCCACGUGCUUGAGGUCAAAACUGUGUUGUUUCCUUAAAAUAAAUGGACUGUGUUUUGCUGAAUUGUGUAACAGUAUGCAGAGAACCAGAUUGUUUUCCAGAUGUGAACCCAAUGUGUUGUGUUGUUUAAAAGCAAGAGCUCUCAAGAAGAGUCACAGAUCUCGUCUCUCGCCCUUGUAUCUCUCGAGGCUGACUGGAAAAAGAAAGGUGAGCUGCUUAGAUCGACAUUUAGGCCUUACACGGUUUCAGAUCAAUACAGAAUAUUCAUCUCCUGUUUCCUGCUCUGCCCCUCGAUGGAAAGGAGCUUGAUAACAAAUUGACAGGAUGGUACUGGAAAUAGUACUGCAGUUGUUAACUGAAGGUACGCAUGGUAAACGCUAUCUCCGUCUCAUUUUUAACAAAAUAAAAAAAAAAACAUGUACAGAUUACUUCAACAAAAACUUGAACCUGUUGUA